CUCCAAGCCCUAGCUAUAAACACUCCCGAAAGCCCCCCCAUCCUACCCUCUCCGUUCACCGCGCGAGGCAGCGGCAGCAGCAGCAGCUUCCCCCCCAAAGCCAGCCAGCCAAAUUCCCCUACCCACACAACUCCACUCCCCAGGUUAGGGUUUUGGGAUGUCGGAUCGGCAGCCGUCGGAGGAGCCGGAGGAGCAGGUGGACCUGGAGGGAGACGACGACGUCAUGGACGACGAGGAAGGGUACCGCCGCCGCCGCCACGGUGGCGAGGACUCUGAUGAACCGGAGGAGGAGCCCGAGGAGCCUCAAAUCGAGGUUGAGGGCGAUGGCGAUGGAGAUGGCCGGGAGGAGGACGCCGGUAUGGCCGUUGCGAGUGAUGAACCUGCCGCAGGAAGUGGUGACGAGAUGGAGAAGGGUGAUGGGCCUGAGGACGAAGAAGAGAAGAUGAAGUGGGACGAGCUCCUCGCACUACCCCCGCAGGGCUCGGAGGUAUUUGUCGGGGGCCUCCCCCGAGACACCACCGAGGAGGACCUCCGCGAGCUAUGCGAGCCAUUGGGCGAAAUCUUUGAGGUGAGGUUGAUGAAGGAUAAGGAAACAAAGGAAAACAAAGGAUUUGCAUUUGUCACAUUUACUGCCAAGGACGUGGCGCAGCGUGCUAUUGAAGAACUGCAUGACAAGGACCACAAGGGGAGAACACUGCGAUGCUCAUUGUCCCAGGCCAAGCACAGGUUAUUUGUUGGCAAUGUACCCAAAGGGUUGAGUGAGGACGAGCUGACAAGCAUAAUCAAAGGGAAGGGGCCAGGGGUCGUGAAUAUUGAGAUGUUCAAGGAUUUGCAUGAUCCAAGCCGUAACCGUGGGUUCCUCUUCGUUGAGUACUAUAACCAUGCUUGCGCAGACUAUGCCAGGCAGAAAUUGUCAUCACCAGACUUUAAGGUUGAUGGAAGCCAGUUGACUGUUAGCUGGGCUGAACCUAAGGGUUCAUCAUCGUCAUCAUCAGAUUCUUCUUCAUCUGCUGCUCAGGUGAAGACUAUAUAUGUGAAGAACCUGCCGGAGAAUGUUUCUAAAGAGAAAGUUAAGGAUCUCUUUGAAGUUCAUGGAGAGGUCACAAAAAUUGUUUUACCGCCUGCUAAGGCCGGGCAUAAGAGGGAUUUUGGGUUUGUUCACUUCGCUGAAAGAUCAAGUGCACUGAAGGCAGUUAAAGGAAGUGAAAAAUACGAAAUUGAUGGGCAAGUGCUCGAAGUUUCCAUGGCCAAACCUUUGAGUGAUAAAAAGCCUGACCACUCGUUCAAGCCUGGAGGAGCUCCUAGCUAUCCUCUUCCACCUUAUGGUGGCUACAUGGGAGACCCAUAUGGUGCCUAUGGUGGCGGCCCUGGAUUCAACCAGCCUAUGAUCUAUGGUAGAGGACCAGCACCAGCUGGAAUGAGGAUGGUACCGAUGGUGCUCCCUGAUGGUCGCCUUGGCUAUGUUCUGCAACAACCUGGUGGAAUGCCGCCUCCACCACCUCCUCGACGUGGUGACCGGCGGGAUGGCGGUGGCCGAGGCGGCGAGGGAAGCCACCGGCGUUAUCGGCCCUACUAGUUUUUCCCUUGCCUUGCAUUUUUCGUCGUGCUAGGUGAUGGAUUUGUUAACUUUGAUGGAGUGCGUUUAGGAGCGGGUGUGGUUUCGCCCUGUAAGACUUUAUAGCCUUAGACUUGGUACUCUUCUGUUUUGUUUUUGAUAAACACCCGAGACUUGUACUGUUGCGCCGUCCUUUUCAAUAACUUGUGUAUCAUGCAGUGCUCGUGACAUCAAAACAAAGUGCAUCUCUUGCGUUCUA